AUGGUUGGUUCGAGCUUUGAAAAGUCCGUCAAGGGCGCGACUAAGUCAAAGAAUGCGGCCCCGAAAUCAAAAUACAUUGAACACAUCCUCACGGCCACCUACAGCGAUGCAGGGACGGCAGAGAUCUUCCGCACGCUCCAGAUCCGACUGCGCGAGUCGGCGUGGACUGUUGUCUUCAAGGCGCUUAUCGUGAUACAUAUGAUGAUACGCGAGGGUGCUCCGGGAGCUGCGCUUGCUUAUCUGUCUCAAUAUCCUCGGAAGUUCGCAAUUACAAGCAUCUCUGACGCACAAUUACAAGGCGCGAAUAUCUGGAGAUACUCGGAGUAUCUUAUUGCAAGGUCCCUAGCCUUUACGGAGACAAAGACGGAUUACGUUCGUAAUGGGCAGGGCAGGCUGAAAUCGUUGACGGUCUCGAGAGGCUUGUUGCGAGAAACGGAGAUUGUUCAGAAGCAAAUUAAAGCUCUUUUGAAGUGCGAUCUCCUGAGCGAUGAACCCGAUAACGAGAUCACUUUGACCGCUUUUCGGCUGGUAACGCUGGAUCUGCUAACGUUAUACUCUGUUAUGAACGAAGGUGUCAUUAAUGUGCUAGAACAUUACUUCGAAAUGUCCAGAACAGAUAGCGAACGAGCGCUGCACCUAUACAAAGUGUUCAGUGCACUAACUGAUGAUGUGGUGGGUUUCUUGCGGGUGGCCAGACAGUAUGAACAUGCUACCCGUCUUGAGAUACCAAAUUUAAAACAUGCAUCAACGGACCUGGCGAAGUUACUAGAAGACGACUUGCACGAUCCAGAUUUUGCCAUUCGACGGAAAGAAUAUCGCGAGCAAAAGUUUGGAAAGUCCAAGGGUGAAAAUACCUCUUCAUCCAAGGAUGAGGGACGAACGCAGCCUAAGUCCAAAGCAAAUGAAGGUUCGACGAGUAAAGCUCCUUCGAAAGUUGACGCCAAAGCUCCCGCUCCCGAUUUAAUCGACUUCUUUGGAUCCAUUGAGGAAAACCCACAACCAGUAAAUCAACAGCAACAACAGCAAAGUAUGCCAAUGCAGUUCCAGCAAACAGGCUUCCAACAACAGCCUGUGCCCGCGGAGUUCCUACAAAAUCAAACUGGUUUUACCACAAACCAAAUAGCGCAAACCACCAAUCCAUUUAGCCAGUAUGAUGCGCAUAUGCAACAAGUUCAACAGCAGCAGCCGCCUAUAGCCCAGCCAUUGCAAGUCUCUCACACAGAACGGAGCUCCUCCCUUCCCGCGACCUAUGACGGCAGGAGCCACACCGCGAGCCAACAAUCCAUUCCGACAAUCCAUGCUCCCACCCGCAGAUACUCCCAUUCACAAUCUCCUUCGACAAUGGCAAUAAAACGACAAUCUACCAACCCCUUUGCAAAAUCUCCACCAAGCGUCCCUUCACAAUACCAAAUUCCUAACCCAAACCAAUACCCUAUGCCAUCGACAUCACCGACCCCUUCACAGCAGCAGCCACAGCCCCUCCAACCUCAUCGAACAGGAACGAACCCUUUUGCGCGGCCUCAACCACAACAAAGCCAGGAAGUACCACCGGCUCAACGCCUCCAGCCAAACCCAACUGGAAGCACGAACCCUUUCCGCCAAAGUGUUUUCAUAAACCAGUCCACAGGCCAGGGAUGGCAGAAUGCCCCCCAGGGAACAAUGGGUGGACUAGAGAAGCUAGAGACUAUCCCUGUAUUCCCCCGGCCAGGACAAAUGGCUUAA